UUUCGAGCAUUGUAUGGAGUGAUUUGACGUUAUUUCGUGGAUCGUUGGUAGUUUUUUUUUUUAUCAAUCUUUCACUAUUUUGAUUUUUCUUCUGUUUCGGGAAAAUACGCCUGUUCUUAUCGUGUGAAGUGCACCUACAACGCGAUCAAGACCUAUAAUCAUCGUGAAAUAUUGAACUGUUGAUUAUGCAUAUUCUGUGUUGAUUGUCGGAAUUAUGCCAUGUAUCGCGGAUUGAACUAGUUUAGUGUGUGGUGAUGUUAAUACUUGUAAUGAAAAAACCAAUGAAAAGAUGACAGUUACGACUUAUGAGAUGAUGCGCCCUUGUUAUACUACUACCACCGGUGGAUACCCGUUUCAAGGUAAGGAUCAGCAUUUAUUGGGAAUUUCCUUUCAAGGACAGGGCCGUGUGAAUCAACUAGGCGGUGUAUUUAUCAACGGGCGUCCUUUACCGAACCAAAUUCGAUUGAGAAUCGUAGAAUUAGCAGCGUCCGGCGUAAGGCCUUGCGUGAUCUCAAGACAGCUUCGAGUAUCUCACGGAUGCGUUUCAAAAAUUUUGAACCGAUAUCAAGAAACUGGCAGCAUCAGGCCGGGUGUUAUUGGUGGCAGUAAACCGCGCAUUGCUACUCCCGAUGUUGAAAGGCGCAUUGAAGAAUACAAAGGCGAAAAUCCGAGUAUUUUUAGCUGGGAAAUUCGAGACAGUUCUCUCGUAUGUUCCAGAUUGAUUAAAGAAGGCCUAUGCGAUAGAAGCAAUGCACCCUCAGUGAGCGCCAUAUCAAGGCUACUUCGUGGACACGACGGUGCUGACGAUCCACCCGAUAAAAAACUCAGUGAUGGUAUUAAAGUAUCUGACGCAUCUGAUUGCGAGUCCGAGCCUGGCAUACCAUUAAAAAGAAAGCAACGAAGGAGUCGUACAACUUUCACCGCGCAACAAUUGGACGAAUUGGAAAAAGCUUUCGAACGGACUCAGUAUCCGGAUAUUUACACAAGGGAAGAGUUAGCUCAGAGAACCAAACUGACCGAAGCUAGAAUACAGGUUUGGUUUAGCAAUAGAAGAGCGAGGAUGAGAAAACAAAUGGGCAAUAAUCCGAACAGCAAUGGUAAUUACAGCCCUAUUGGCAUAUCACCGAUGAGUAUGAGUUAUCACGGUUCUGUUGUGGGUACAACCAGCCACCAAAAUGGUGGCCCACCUUCGCCCACUAAUUACGUAUUACCUUCUCAAUCUUUACCAGAAACGACGUAUUCGGCAUCACCUCAACUUACGUCGGAGCAUUCGCAUCCCAAUUUGUACAGCUCACAUCAUCAGCAUCAUCAUCACAUGGAAGGUAUUACUUCGGUGGCUGCUUCUGUACCAAUGACACCAGCAUCCGAAACUGACGAGCAGAAACCCAAUAUUAAUUCCGAAUCUCCGAUUCCUUACAUCAGUUUCAGCGCCAGUUCCUACAUCAGCCCUCCAUCACUACUUUCGGCUCAGAUGGUCAAUAUGAGUGCAAAUAGUUUGGGAAAUCAUCUCGGUAGUGUAUCGCCGAACACUGUGCUAAGCACUAGUGCAGGUCCAUAUCCGAUCAGUCCAAACAGUAUGAUGGUACCACAUCAAUUAUCACCGAUGACUCCAUCAACUCCUACUAGUUUAGCUAUGAUGACAUCGCCUUCAGAUUCUCAGAGUACCGGAUCAACAGAAUUGGUAUCGUUGAAUACCUCGAGCAAUGGGGCCACAGCCUGGACGGCAAUUGGAAGUUCUCUAUCGGCUAACCACCAUCAAAUGCACAUACCUCGUAGUUGUUCUCCACCUCCUACUUUAAUUACUACCACUACGCUUAACCCACUCAGUCCUUCUGGUUACCAUCCGUACAGUUCCUCCGGAUUUUUAUCCGCUCCACAACCACGAUCGCAUCCUCAGACUUUUUAUCCGGCUUGGUGAUCAAUUUCAAUACACAUUGCAGUAUCAUGAUGCUGACAAGGAUAAAGCUUGAAACUCAUGGAGAUGUUUUAAGGUACUACCAGUAUUUGCACUGAUUAUUGUAGAAACACGUUGUUUAAAUGAUGUGGAAUGAAUUUCUGUUUAUACAUAGUUGUUAGUGUACCUCUGUAAUUUUUUAAGGUUUUUAACGAUAAUAGUUUGUAAAAAUUUUUGAACGAUAUACGAAUUGACGUAUAAUUUUGAAUAUAAACGCAAAAUUGCAAAAACAAAUUCUCAAUUGCAUUGCAUUGUAAAUAAGUUUUACUUGUGUUCACGUUGUAUGUUUCAACUUUAUUUGUCUGAUUUUAUUUCUCACUAUUGUAAGUUAAAAUUUAGAAAUCAUUGAUGAGCAUUUGUUUGUAAAUAUUACACCGCUUUUUUUCUUGUUGUUACAGUUAUGAUCUCCAUGUUUUUUUAAAAAUAAUUUGAUUUUUGAUUAAUAAAAUUGUACACUUUUGAUUGUUACCUUACCUAAGCCAACUAAUUAUGUUCUCAUGAUACAACUUUUUUUCUUUUUUUGUCUUUAGAGUAGAUUACUAUUGUGUAAGUGGAAUUGAUGGAUUGACAGGAGAUUUUGAAAAAAUGGAAUAUGUGUUGUUAGCUUAUUCAUCGAAUGUAUUUAUUAUUUUGUUCAAUUGUUUGAACAUCUCCUAAACCUAAUCAAAGGUUAUUAUCAUGUCAAAAUUCUCCUUCAAGUAAGGUAAAUUAAAAUCGGCAGCUAUUGAAUAAUAAUGAAAAAUUAUAUUGUAAAAUUGUACUUUUCGAUUGUUCAUCAACCGCAGAAUGGUUUGAAAUUGAAUAAAUGAAACAAUGUAAUAUAAAUUUGUUUUAUUUGAGUUAUCAGAGAUCAAAAUUGAAUUGGAAUUACCAAAAGAGCUAGUAGGUAUGGUCAAAAUGUUGCUAAUUGGCAUAUUUUCAUCAAUUUUCCUCCACAUUCAUAGGAAAAGUUUCUAACAUCAGAUCAACUUCACUGUAACUCUUGAUAGGCUGUUGAAGGUGAAUUACGUCUCAUCCUUUUUUCAUCAAAAAUUGCUUUUGAACCAACUACCUACUUGUUUAGAAAAUAUCGUGUAGAAUUGAUGAAAAUUUGUAAAUUUGCGCAAUUCGGGCCGAGCAAGGUUAUGGUGCGCCAAUUUACGUCUUCUGUACCAUGCACUGAUAAGAUAAGGCAAGUGGGAGACCGCCUCAAAAUUUUACAUUACUUCUUAUGGAAGAAUUUCAAUUUUUACAAAUCAUUUUCAAAACAUAAAUUUAAAACAAAUGUCUUGAAAUUGUUUUCCUUCAUUAACUUGCCAUCAAUGGCAUAUAUUAAUUCAUUGAAUUUGCUUAGUUUUUCUUAUAUUUUGGAUGUCAGUAUGCUUCCUCCAUCUUCAGCCCUAAACUACAUAAACGCUAACUGGCAACUGCAACCAACAACUCACAACUAGAGCUAGUUGGCUGGAAUAGCAACUCUGUUAUCAAGACGCUUGUGUUAUCAACGUGUAACAAUAAAAUUAUUUGUUCCGUUU